AUGGCAUCGGAACAUAUUCGUAAGAAGCUGGAUAAGUUCUGGAAGCAGACGGAUGCACGACCAGGAUAUCGCUCGGUAGAAUUCUCCGACAUGGUCCCAUACCGGCGCCGCAAGGGUAGACGUAAUGUGCCUAUUGAGACAAUAAUUCAGAAACUCCAAGACGAGGUCAACGGCAAUGCCUCCAGAGAGUCGAGUUCAACCCCCUUGCCGCUGAGCAAGGCAGAGAUGUUGCUUCGCUCAGGGGUGUGUUCACGCCAAUCCAUCACAAGGACGCUAUCAUCCAACAACAUGGAACCCUCACCCCGGAAAAUACCCUCGCAGUCUACUGCCGAGAAAUCCGCUAUUACUAGUACAAUUCAGCCCUUCAUACUGGGUAGACAAUGCAUUGAUUUUAACAUCCUUCCACCAUUUGCCACGUUCAUGCUAUAUCAAGCGGCAGCAAUGCUAAUGAAGGGGGUUAUUAAUGGAUAG